UAGAACGGAAGCCGAGACAAUUGCGCAGGAAGCGUACAAUUUAUCAAGUGAGCUGAAACACCUUCAAAAGGAAUUAGAGAAAGACGUCACUGCCAUUUCUUACGAAGAAAUGACCCUUGCAAACCUGCAGAGAAUUACAGACUCGGAAAUGGAUAAAGUAAUUUAAAUAUUUUAAUUGAGUUUUUGCUAUUAAAGUAAUUAAAGCUGCCAAUAAAUAGUAUAUGCGGGGUGGUUAGUUAUAAAUUGUGAGCUUAAAAUUGUAAAAAUAUCAGUUAUGAUAAAUCUGAAUCUAUUAAAUAACAAUUUGCAUAAAAUUGCGGAUAAAAAGUAUAGAUUUAUGUUUAGGAAAAUGCAAGGCAGACCCGAUUUGUGUGGUUGGACUACAUGAAAACUGUCUUCAACGGGCUCAACUUGAACUGGGACAAAGAGGGAGUCAUUGUUAAAAACAGCCUCUACUUCAAACGCUUGACGAAACUGAUGCGAGAAAGUGGCUAUCAGACCAUAAGGUCUUUUCAAUGGUGGAAGAUUUUCUCAUACCUUGCACCGUUUACGACAAGUAAAUUCCGCACACCGCAGAGAAAAACAGGCCCCAAGUGGAAAGAUUGUGCAGAAGGAGUUACACAAAUUUUUGGAAUGGCCAUCGGCCAUGAGUACGUUACGAAGUAUUUUGAGAAAAAUCAAAAGGAAAAGGUGGUGGAGAUGGUGACCAACAUUAAAUCGGCGUUUAAAGACAGGGUGAAGAGCCGGAAUUGGAUGGACGAAGCCACCAAGAAAGUGGCAAUGGAGAAAAUUGACGCCGUCAGCGCUCAUGUCGGUUUUCCUAACUGGUUGUUCGUCCCUGGAAAAAUUGAGGAAUACUACCAAAGUCUCAACGUAGUUGAUGGUGAAUGGUUCACGUCGAUGAUUAAUAUACAUGUUUUCGUGCACCAUUUAAAAAAUAAAAAAUUGGCCGAACAAGCACACAGUCUGUACGGCGUCCAGAGUCCAGUUACCGUAAACGCUUUUUAUUCUAUAGACUCAAACUCUAUAACGAUUCCUGCUGCAAUUUUGCGUCCACCUCUGUACGGAUUAGGUCUUGCAGCACUUAAUUACGGUGCUAUUGGAACGAUUAUCGGGCACGAGCUCAUCCAUGGAUUCGACGACAGAGGUCGACAUCGUGAUUUGAACGGAAACCAGAAACAGUGGUGGACAAAUGAAUCAGUGGCCGAGUUCAACAAGCGCAAACAAUGCUUGAUCGAACAGAUCAGCCAAUACAGCUAUAAAAUAGCUGACACCAAAUACAAGGUGAAUGGGGAAGUGACUCAGGGCGAAAAUAUCGCGGACAAUGGUGGAAUUCACGUGGCCUUGCACGCUUACGACCUGGUGAUGGCCCGCCGCAAGCAGAGCCAAUUGGAAGACCCUGACAAUGAGCCCAGCCUGUCUGGUCUCACGGGGUUUUCAAACAGGCAACUCUUUUUCCUGAGUUUUGCCAACGUCAUGUGUAAAAGUUUGACAGACUAUGCGAAGAAAGCCUUGUUAAAGGACGAGCACAACCUUAGUGAAUUCAGAGUUUUGGGCGCGCUGUCCAACAUGAGGGAAUUCGCCGAGGCGUGGAAUUGUCCCGUUGGCUCAAAAAUGAACCCCGCCAAUAAGUGCGUUCUUUGGUGAUAUCCACAGAGAGCUUCUAAAUUGUAUACAAAAAUUAACGAAAUAAUU